AUGAAUGCGCAUAUCUGCACAUAUUGCGCUGGAAAACGGCAAACUUGCGAAGUGAAAUCGGUGACAAGAAGCAAAAAGCAAUUGGAGAAAUGGAAAGAAGCGCUGGGACCGACUUUUGCACAAAAUAUUCGAAUGUAUGCUCGCCCGCAAAUUUGCCGAUCGCAUUUCGAAAAAGAUGGUUUUGGUCGAGUUCCGCCGAGGGGAAUUCCGAAGCCAUUGCCAUUUUAUUCGAGGGGCAAUUUUGCUAAUCGCAGUCGGAGGCCUAUGGAACUUCUUGGCGAAACUUCGACUCCAAAAGCUUCUGAUGAAUGCGCCCUGAUUCAACCGAAAUUAGAGAAUUGUCAAGCAACCACUUCGGAAAACCGUUGUGAUAAUGAAAAAAUCGACCAGAAGUUCCUUCAAGUCUCAUUUCAACAAUUAAUCCCGCUAAUUAUCAAAUGUCAUGGUUGUUUUUCAAAAGCCGAUUAUAAAAUAUCGAAAAUAUGUGGAGGAGAUGUUUGGACAGUGAGUUAGGAUAUAUUAUUGUGGCUGCCGUAUAGUUGGACAUCGACUAAAUGACAUUUUCAUGUUUUUUAAGCAAAUGAGUUGAAAUAUUGGGUUGUAAUGUUAUUCAUAUGAUAGAAUGGUCUAAGACGAACAGAAUGAUAGAAAUUUUGAUGACUUCACCUUAUCCAUUAGUGAUUUAGCGACUUUUAGUCGUUAAGAUCGUCUAAACAUCGCUAAAUCACUUAUGGAUAAGGUAAAACCAUCAAAAUUUAUAUGAUUCUGUUCGUCUUAGACCAUUCUAUCAUAUGAAUAACAUUAUAACCCAAUAUUUCAACUCAUUUGCUUAAAAAACAUGAAAAUGUCAUUUAGUCGAUGUCCAACAACAUUACUUCGUCAGUCGCGUGCGGCUUGCAACGCGGCUCGAAAUGAAAUAUUGUCUAGCCGCGUUGCAAACCGCACCGCGCUCAAAGAUCUUCAAAGAUACAUCUAUUUAUUUUCAGUUCGAUUGUGAAUGCGGAUGUGGUAGAAGUUGGAGAUGGUCAAGCAGUAAACAAGUGAAACAAGAGGAAUUUUCGAAUUUUGCGAUUUAA